CACCCACCAGUGUACAAUUUGCGUUUAUGUUUUAGCAGAAUGGCCCAAAAAGUUUCCCAAACUCAGAGAAUGGCACAAUAUGCAAUAUUAGCGACGCCGGCGACGGCGACGGCGAUUCGAUCAAUCACUAAUCUCCCCUUCUUCAUCACGCCCUAAUCUAAUCUAGUACUUGAGGUCAGAACGCACGCGGUGCUCUUCGUUUCGUUUCCGGAAUGAACAACUAUGGCUUCAAGCAGGGGAAAUUGCCUGUUCUCUAUGCAAUUGCUUUUACUUCAGCUUCAGGUAUUUUCUCUCAUUUCAGAUUCACAUUUCCUCUUGUUUCUCGCUGUCGCUCUUUUAGAACGCACUCUGUGGGGAAUUGCGGGAAUAUUAGUGAGGUGAAUCAUGCCCUUUAUAUGUUCGAUCAAAUUUGUCGAAGAAGGCCUUCUCCCAGGGUCAUAGAAUUUCAUGAAUUGUUGUCCUCAGUAGUCAAGUUGAAAGAGUAUUCCGUUGCCAUUUCUCUUUUUCGAGAUAUGCGCUGUUUAGGGAUUCCGGUCGACGAUUAUAUCCUCAAUAUUGUCAUUAACAGCUAUUGCUUCUCUGGCCGGACUGACUGCGCGUUAUCCAUUCUGGGUUGGUUCUUUAAGCUUGGUCAUGCUCCGGAUGAGUAUGCCUUCACCCCCUUAAUCAGGGGUUUGUUUAGAGAAGACCGGAUUGCUGAGGCACAAGUUUUGUUUAAAAAAAUAGUAAGAGAGAGGUUGUGUAAAUUGAGCGUGGUUUUUUAUGGGACUGUAGUAAAUGGACUUUGCAAGAAUGGAAAUACUGCUCCAGCUCUUGAACUGAUCAAGGCAAUGGAAAAAAGUGGUGUUCCAGCGAGCACAAAUAUUCUAAACAUGGUAAUUCACAGUUUGUGUCGUGAUGGAAUUGUUGACGCGGCCUUCAAGAUAUUCGAUGGAAUGCCUAUGAAAGGUGUCUCUCCUGAUUGUUUCACCUACUCUUCUAUGAUUCUUGGAUUAUGCAACUUCAAUCGAUGGGAGGAAGUAAAAAGGAUGCUCAAGGAGAUGAUAUGUUGCAAAAUCUAUCCAAAUGUUGUUACGUUUACGACAUUGGUUGAUGUGAUUUGUAAGAAAGGGUUGUUGGAUCUGGCAGAGGAUGUACUUCAUAUCAUGAGGGGGAAAGGUGUGGAUCCUAAUGUGGUUUCAUAUAGCGCAUUGAUGUAUGGAUAUUGUUUGCAAAGACGAAUGGAUGAAGCUGAAAAAGUUUUUGAUUCAAUGGUUUGUAGGAAUAUAUCUCCUAAUGCUAACAGCUACAAUAUUCUGAUUCACGGGUAUUGCAUUGCAAAGAAUAUAAAAGAAGCUAUGCGUGUAUUUAAUGAGAUGUUGCACAAUAAUUUGAAGCCACAUAUUGUUACGUACAAUGUUUUGUUGAAGGGACUGUUUCAUACACACAACAUUUCAGCUGCACUGAAACUUCUUGAUGAUUUGAGGAAUGCUGGUAUGAAACCCAACUUUUAUACUUACUGUGACAUGUUACAUGGCUUGUGCCAGUAUGGGUAUGUGGAACAAGCAUUAGAGAUGUUACAUGCAUUGGAGCAUAAUGGUGCAUGUCUUCAUAUUGCUCACUACAAUAUUGUUAUGAAUGGGUUGUGCAAAGCCAAGAAACUCAGCAUUGCUCUUUCUGUUUUCAAUAAUCUGCAUUGUAGAGGUUUGGAACCGGAUGUUGUCACUUAUACUAUCUUGAUGAAAGGGUGUUGCCAGCAGGGAUUACUCGAGGAAGCUAAAAGUGUUCUUUCUAAUAUGAAACAAGCAAAAGUGCUGCCUAAUCACAUCACCUAUAAUACUCUCAUUCGAGGAAUGAUGCAGCAUGAUAAAUAUGAUGAUGCAAUAGCAGUUUUUGAAGAAAUGCAUGCAAAAGGAUUCUCUCUUGAUUCAUCUACGGUUUCCUUGCUGCUCAGUCGGCGGACAUUUCACGCCACUCUUGUUAGAAUAGUUCAGAAGUUUGGUCCGAUUACUCUUGGACAAAAUUUUGGAGUGAAAAAAAAGACACAGUUGAUGAGAAAGUAGAGAUCAUUUGUUGGUUUUUGCAGAGUCUGCAAUUAAUGUAUGCAUUAGUAAAUACAUUUGUAAGCUAAUCAUUGUCAUGUAGAUCUUGAUCAUGUAUGUGUGUAUGUACAGGUGUGUUUGCUUAUAUGGUUUGGCACAUACAGCAGCAGCAGUAGUAGUAGUGCAGGCUGUUCUUAGAAUGUAUUAGUGGUUUUAUAGUUUUCCAUGAGAAUAUAUAUGAUACAUUAACUAAGAGCAGCAUUUGAGGGAGGAAUGGAGUUGAAUGUUAAUUUCUGCUCUGCUCAAUUAUAUAUAAUACAUAUUUAUAUUUAUGUUAUG